AUGGAAAGAGCUGGGAUCUCAGAGCUGUAUUGCAAAAAAGCACCGCGAAUAAUCUCCAGAGGUCGACUACGUCCUGCAAAUACUUCAGCCAAAAAGGAAAAAGAAUGUGUUAAGAACGAUUAUGAAGUAGAUGAUGAAGUUGGAGAGGAUUUCGUAGUUCGAGGUGGAGUGAUGAUGAAGAUCGCUGAUGUGAACAAAGAGCAGUGGAAAUCAAUGAAACGGUUUUAUAUCGAUGUCAAUCGGUCUCAGAUUUACCAGCAUGCUGAAGCUCAUGAUAGGAUAUCACUAGGUGAUGAGGCUAACUCAUCUCGUGUUACAGUUGAAGUUUCUGCGUUACCAGGUGAUGGACGGAUGUUCCAUAUUUGUGAUAAUCUUCCAGGUAUAGCAAAUGAGGUGGAGUCGUAUCCUUGUCGUCAUUGUCCUAACCGUAUUUUUUUAACUUCAUUCGGCCUGGAACGCCAUACUAAAAUAGAACACAAAACACACCUUCCUGAGGUUUUGGAAGAAAUAUCAAGGAUUCGUAACGAGUGGAAGAGGAGAGAGACAUUUAAAGCGAUAGCCAAAAAGCGACGUGAAGCGUUAAAGAAGACAAGAAUGUUAACGGAAAUUGUUAAGCGAUCGCAAAGUCUUCGAUCCGAACAUCAUUCUGCUAAUAGGCAUUACACAGGUGCUUUGAGCUGUCAUAUUUGUGGUCUUAGUUUUGAAGCUAAUUGUGAAUUUAUGAUGAAUCAUUUUCGUGCUCAUCGGAAAAAUGACGACUUAAGACGACGAUUAUUGGCAAAUUUUGGUCCUUCAUACGUUGCACGUUGUACCUGUUAUCAGUGUCAUUUGGUUUUUGUUAAUGAGAAGAAUUUGAUGCUGCAUAAAGAGUCAUCACAUCUUAGAAAGCGAAAGUAUGUAUGUAAAUGGUGUGGUGAUGUAUGUUUAUCAGUGAAUGAAUUGAAUGAGCAUAAAAAAGAUGUGCACGGUGUGCCGUGCAGUCGAACGGAAAAAUUGCCCACUACUAGUACAAUUAGCAAUUCGCAAAAGAAUACUGCUAAACUUAAUGAUAUCGUUGCUGAUGAUAGCUUAGCAGAAAAGCAGACAUUGUGUGGAAACGGUUUUGCAGAUACUUCUUCAGGAAAUCGUACCUCUAUGCUAGAUCAAAGUCCAUGCAUAGCAAAGUGUAGUGAAUGUGGUUUGACUACAGUGAAGCCAUCAUUGCUUAUACGUCACAUGCAACGUGUACAUAAUAAGAACUGCUUCUCAACGGUAAUUGAAGUAAAAGGUUUACCUAACAUUAGGGUGGAUAUGGAUCGUGGAAAAGUAACUUGGUGGUGUUGUGACUUCUCUUUCGAAGACAGGUAUCGUUUUAUCCAUCAUAGAAAAACUUGUCAUCAACAAAUGCUUGAACAUGGCCAUUUGCAAAAUUGUGCAGUCAGUGCUGAAGAACAAGCUACCAUGCAUGAAACAAAUGACAGAGAAUGCAUGAGUACUGCACAAAUAGUGCAAUUGAUUAAUCAGGACGAAAUUGAAGAUGAUGAGUUGUACGUUUUUAUGGCAGAAGAAGACCUCGAACAAGAAGGAGAAAUAAUGUUGCGAGAAAUGCGAACAAGUGAAUCAAUGGUAGAGGGUGCUCAGACUGUAAGAGCUAAGGAAUUUUUACAGUUGAGGCAGCAAAUAGGAGAAAACUUUGAUCGUGGCAUGCAAAUUGUUCUUGUUGAUGUCGUGAAUGAUGCACAGCGACAAUCUCCAAAUUCCGGAGCGGAGCCAGCAAUUGAUUUCAUCGCCAAUAAUGUGGUAGAUAACGAUGUCCUAAAUUCGUUACUUAUAUCAAGCACACAAAUGCCAUCCACAGAUUAUAAAUAUUAUUCCAGGACUCAAUCAACUGAGUCAGAUUUUUCUGUAGUGAAUGUUCCCGAUUCUACGGAAGACAAGAUAUUACACAAUGACUUACCUCUACCAUCGGAAAGCUUGAUUAACGUUGAAACAAGAUCUUCACCCACACCGACUGCAACAUUUAGUCGAGAUCCAAGGGGUACUCUCACGACAGCAGCGCAGCUAAGACACUGGUUGAGACAUCCUCUUUACAGCAUUUAUCAACACGGGAUGAUACCAUUUCGUCUUAAAUUGGUCAAGAUACCAAUUCAACUGUUACAAGAGUACAUAAUUCAACAAUAUAUAAUCUUUCACUAG